AUGGUCAAGUCAUAUCUACGAUUCGAGCAUCUCCGAACCUUCGGUAUUGUCGCCUCGGGCACUGCGAAUGCCAUAUGGACCCCGGAGAGCAACAGCACAUCGCGCACCAAUGCCGGUCGCGCCGUAGUCCCGGCGAACGAAGAAGUCCUUACCUGGGAUAUUAAGAAGGGCGAGCUCAUCUCCCGGUGGAGAGACCCCAAAUGCAAAUCCGAAGUCUCGGCCAUCGUCCAGUCCCAAACCGACAACGACAUAUUCGCAGUUGGUUACAACGAUGGAUCAAUCCGACUAUGGGAUACCAAAACCUCUACAGUAAUAAUCAGCUUCAAUGGGCAUCGCUCGGCAGUUUCGACCCUAUGCUUCGACCACUCUGGCACCCGUCUUGCGAGCGGCAGUAAGGAUGCCAACAUUAUCGUUUGGGAUCUGAUCUCUGAAGUUGGGCUCUACAGACUACGGGGUCACAAAGACCAGAUCACAAAGAUUGUGUUCCUACGUGGCCCCGAGAUUAAAGAUGACGCAAUGGGUGCGAAUGAUGCGGGCUGGUUAGUCAGUACUGGCAAAGACACACUGAUAAAACUUUGGGAUCUUUCAACCCAGCACUGCAUGGAGACCCACGUUGCGCACAAUGGAGAAUGUUGGACAAUGGCAGUGUCCCCCGAUGAACGGGGUUGUAUCACAGCAGGAAACGACGGAGAACUCAAAGUAUGGGGGAUUGACACAUCCAGCCUUGCAUCGCGGUCGAAGGGCGAUACAGAUUGCCUGAUACCUCGCGGGGCUCUAUACAGAUCCACCAAGGACCGCGCCACAAUGGUGACCUUUCACCCCACAUCCAACUUCGUGGCAAGCCACGGCUCCGACAAGAAUGUCGAGAUCUGGCGGAUAAGAACGGAAGACGAGGUCAAAAAGGCGCUAAAGCGCAAGAGAAAGCGGAAGGAAGAAAAGGCGGCGAAGGGUGCAAAACCCAAGCCUGAAGAACCCACAGAAGAAGAACCCGAAUCAUUGGCAUCUGCCGAGGUCAGCGAUGUUUUCGUCUCUUAUGUCACACUCCGGACUAGCGGCAAGGUCCGUUCAGUAGAUUGGGCCACCCGAGGGGGAAGCAAAGCAUCUGAAGCUGUAAAGCUCCUUGUAGCCUGCACAAACAACACCCUCGAAUUCUACGAUAUUCCCAAGCCCUCACGGAAGGAAGGGAAGAAGGAAGCCGCAGAAGUCCCAGAGUACAACAAAGUCUACACUGUCGAGCUACCAGGUCACAGGACCGAUAUCCGUUCCCUAUCCCUCAGCUCUGACGAUCGAAUGCUUGCGUCUGCAUCCAGCGGCUCUCUCAAAAUCUGGAACGUCAAAACCUCUACCUGCAUCCGGACCUUUGAGUGCGGCUAUGCCCUCUGCUGUUCCUUCCUCCCCGGCGACAAGAUUGUAGUAGUAGGCACAAAAUUUGGUGAACUAGAGCUCUUCGACGUCACCUCCUCCAGCAUCAUCGAAACAGUUGCAGCGCACGAGGGUGCAAUCUGGUCUCUGCAAGUCCACCCAGACGGAAAGUCCCUCGUCACCGGCUCCGCAGACAAGAACGUCAAGUUCUGGAAUUUUGAGAUUGUGCAGGAGGAGAUCCCCGGCACAAAACGCACAACUCCGCGCCUGAGGCUAGCCCACACCCGCACUCUCAAGGUCACAGAUGAUGUGCUCUCUGUACGCUACUCCCCUAAUACCAAACUUCUUGCCAUUGCGCUGCUAGACAACACCGUGAAGGUGUUCUUUGCAGACACUCUGAAGCAUCUCCUCAAUCUCUACGGCCACAAGCUGCCCGUGCUCUCAAUGGACAUCUCUUCAGACUCCAAGCUCAUCGCAACAUGUUCCGCCGACAAGAAUGUCAAGAUCUGGGGUCUUGACUUUGGAGACUGUCACAAGAGUUUCUUCGCCCACCAGGACUCGGUCAUGCAGGUCGCCUUCGAGCGCAACUCUCACAAUUUCUUCUCCGCCGGCAAAGACAAACUCAUCAAGUACUGGGACGGCGACAAGUUCGAGAACAUCAUGAAGAUGGACGGUCACUUUGGCGAAGUAUGGGCCCUCGCCGUCGGCAAAGUCAGCGAAAUAAUUGUCUCCGCCAGUCACGACAAAAGCAUCCGAGUAUGGGAGCAAGGCGACGACGAGAUCUUCCUAGAAGAGGAGCGCGAAAAGGAGCUUGAAGAGCUCUACGAAUCCACACUAACCACCUCUCUUGAAGCCGAAGGCGACGCCAACGACGGCGGGGCCACCGCCGCCGGAAAGCAAACCAUUGAAACCCUCAUGGCCGGCGAGCGUCUCAUGGAGGCACUCGACGCCGGCAUCGCCGACCUUGCCCUCCUGCGGGAGUACGCACAAGCCAAAGCCACCCGACCCAACCUCGCGCCCCCCGCUCGAAACCCCGUCUUCGUUGCACUAGGCAACAUCUCCGCCGAAAAACACGUCUUGACCACGGCACAGCGCAUCAAGGCAUCCCACUUGCAAGACGCCCUACUCGUGCUGCCGUUCGAGAAGGUUGUGUCGUUCCUGACGUUCCUGGACAUCUGGGCGCAGAAGGAGUGGCACAUCUCGCUGACGUGCCGGAUCCUGUUCUUCCUACUCAAGACGCAUCAUAAGCAGAUUGUGGCGUCAAAGACGAUGCGGACGAUGCUGGAUAGUGUGAGGGCGAACCUAAGGGCUGCGUUAAGACACCAGAAGGAUGAGAUGGGAUUCAAUCUGGCGGCGGUCAAGUUUGUUAAGAGUGGGGUUGAUCAGAGAGGGGUGAGCGAGUAUGUGGAUGAGGAGGCGUUUAAGAUGCAGGAGGAAAGGGCGACGAAGAAGAGAGGCUUCGCAACUCUGGCUUAA